CACAAAUCACAUAAAUACAGAAGACACUUUACUACUCACAUCUCCAUCGUUUUUCCCGUCAAAAAAAAUAAAAAUAAAAAUCCUAAAUCUCACCAAACUCUCUCUCUCCCUCUCAAUCCACAGCCAAAAAAUAAAAAUAAAUAAAUAAAUAAGAAUGGACUCAGAAUCAAUAAUCAACAACAACACAGCAACAACAGCAGAAGAAAUCAACAAUAAUCACGGAUGGCAAAAAGUCACAUACGCAAAAAAACAACGAAAAAACAACCAAAAUAAGCCACAACAGGCGCCGGCGAAGCCGUACGCCAACGGAUCUUCAAUCUCCGCCGUUGACAACGUGUUUACAUCGAUCGAGAAGAGAUCGGAAGAGCGGCGGAAGUUGAUCGAAGCGAAUUCGUCGAUUUAUGAUCCGGUUGUUGUUCCGGCUAAAAAAAAUAAUAAUAAAAAGAAAAAUAAUAAUUACUCAGAUUAUGAUGAUAGCAGUGAUGAUGAGGCUGUUGCUAAUGGAGCGGUUGUGGUUGAGGAGAAAAAAGUUAAGCCUAAGAAGGUGAAGAAACCGAAAGUUACGGUGACGGAAGCUGCGGCGAAGAUCGAUGAGUCUGAUCUAGCUAGUUUUUUAUCCGAAGUGACGGCUUCGUUCGAGACGCAACAAGAUAUACAGCUAAUGAGGUUUGCUGAUUACUUUGGAAGAGCAUUCUCUAGUGUCAAUGCUUCACAGUUUCCAUGGGUGAAGUUAUUGAGAGAAUCCGCUGUUGCUAAGGUUGCAGAUAAUCCAGUGUCACAUAUCUCUGAACCUGUUUACAAGACAUCAGUUGACUGGAUCAAUAACCGAUCUUUGGAAGCCCUUGGUUCUUUUGUCCUUUGGUCCCUGGACAGCAUUCUUGCUGACUUUGCAAGCCAACAAGGCAGUACAAAGGGAUCUAAGAAAGGUGCCCAAAAAACAUCCUCAAAAUCUCAGGUCGGUAUAUUCGUUGCGUUAGCAAUGGUAUUGCGAAGGAAACCCGAUGCAUUGAUUAGUGUAUUGCCAACUCUGAGGGAAACUUCAAAGUAUCAGGGCCAAGAUAAACUUCCAAUUCUUGUGUGGAUGGUAGCACAGGCGUCACAGGGAGAUUUGGCUGUUGGUCUAUACUGCUGGUCCCAUUUGAUUUUACCCAUAGUCGGGGGCAAAUCUGGCUCUAAUCCUCAGACAAGGGAUCUAAUUUUGCAAUUAGUAGAAAGAAUUCUUUCUGCACCAAAGGCUCGCACUAUUUUAGUUAAUGGUGCUGUUCGGAAGGGAGAACGUUUAAUGCCACCAUCAGCACUUGACCUGCUGUUGAGAGUCACCUUUCCUUCAUCUUCCAGUCGAGUUAAGGCAACAGAAAGGUUUGAAGCUGUAUAUCCUGUCCUUAAGGAGGUGGCCCUUGCUGGAUCCCCAGGAAGCAAAGCCAUGAAACAAGUUUCUCAACAAAUUAUGACCGUUUCCUUGAAGGCUGCUGGGGAAGGAAUUCCGGAGCUGUCUCGUGAAGCAGCUGAUAUAUCUAUUUGGUGCUUAACUCAAAAUCCCGAUUCUUAUAAGCAAUGGGAGAAAGUCUAUGAGGAUAAUUUAGCAGCAAGUGUUGUGAUCCUAAAAAGGCUUGCCGAACAGUGGAACGAACUAUCUGCAAAACAAUCUUCUCCCAAAACUCUCAGUGAAACCCUCCAGAGUUUCAAGAGCAUGAAUGAAAAAGCCUUGACAGAGGAAGAUACAUCUCCUGGUCAGCAAACCCUCUACAAAGAAGCUGACAAGCACUGCAAGGUGUUACUCGGGAAACUAUCACGUCGAUGGGGUUGUGUCAGAGGUCUGGGCGUGGCUCUUGUUGUUGCCUGUGUGGGGAUCUAUAGUUGGUCUGCAAUCGCAACCUUAUCAGACUCCUUGGAUUUGACCAAGUUAUCCGAGAUGGAUUGGACCAAGUUAUCCAAGAUGGAUUGGACCAAGUUAUCCGAGAUACUUCACUUCCCCCAGUCCGUUUAAGAAACGGGUGUUUCCAACCUAACAGGCAGCUAGUUGACCGGAUACACAAGGUCAAGGUUUAAAGAAAGAGAAUGAGGUGUUUCUUUGCAAAGUUUCCCCUCUUUUAUAAGGAUAUGUUUCAACUAAAAAGUAGAUGGAGACAGAUGAAACUUGUUUGUAAGCGAUUUUGUUUCUUGUUUCUUUUCGGAUCUGUUUUUUAUUAAUUUAUUUGGUUGAGAUGGAGGUUAACUUUGAGGUUUAUCUUUACAAAUUUCAAGAUAUAUAAUAUGUUGACUUUAAGUUUCA